CACCCACAACCAUUGUGUCGGGGAAGAUAAUGAGCGGGAGGCCGGGUCCUGGCCAAUCAGAAUGGAGUAUGUAAAUCAGCGCCCUCCGAGGCUGCGGGGGCGGGGUUCCAGGGCACUGUGCGGUAGUCCUUAAACCGGUGCUGACCGGGCGAGCGGACCCCAGAAGCGCAGAGGAGACGCUGAGGAGUCUGCAUCUGUGCUGUCGAACCUGAGAAAGGAAGCAGAAAGCAAAUUUAAUUACCCACAUCAUGGCAAGGUACCGCCACCACUCAGGAUAUCUGGCUGAUGACGAGGCUGGUCACAACACCUACAUGGCUCGGAUGCAGCUGCACAAGAAGCACCUGUUGCCAGAAAGGGGGUCAACCUGCAGACUUGGACGUGUGCCACACCUACCAUCCAUGAACCGAUACUCAGAGCACCAGGGCCACCAGCAAAAGCCUAGGCGCCCCCAGGUGUUUGGCAGCUUCCUGGAUUUCCUGACGGAGGGACAGGUACUGGAGAGCCUGCAGACAGUGGUGGAGCAGGCAACAGAGCGUUUGGCUACCACCAAGACAGAGGCCGGAGUGCCACUGGUGGAUGUACAAGACCCAUUGGAGGUGCCAAGUGGCAGGCAGCGGGCCCGAGGCAGGCCCAGCAUCAACUCUGUGCGCCGGCACCGCACUCGGCCCACGCUCUGUGCUGGGCGCCCAAACAAUUACCCGUCCCGCUCCAGCUCCGUGUCCGACGGCCAUAGCAGUGUCACAGCUGGCUGGCCGGGCUCCCACGGCCAGGACAGUAAUCCUGGUGCCCGAGGCCUAGGCUCACUGCCACCUAUGAGGGACAAACUCCUGCUUGAGAAAAACCUCAAGAGGCUACUGCGUCUGGAGAACAAAGGGAAAGGCCUGAAUCAAUCCUGCUCCCGGAGGGACUCUCUGCUGUGGGACUCACUGGGCAGCCAUACCAGCAGCCAGUGGACCCGGGAGCAGCCCCUGUCUUGGGUCACUGGGCUUUGGGGAUCCAGCUCAACCACCCCUGAAACAUCAGAGCUGGGACUCGGAGAACAGGAGAUGAUUUUCCUUAGAGAAGAGUUAAACAAGGAGAUGAAGUCACUGUUUAACCAGCCAGCAUCCUUCAACGUGCCUGCCUAUUGUUCACUCAGGGAACCCCAUUGUACCCUGGACUUCCUAGCUGAGCAUCGCCUCUUUCCUGCCCUGCAGCGUGUGGUCAGCCAGGCCGUAGACAAGCUCAGCCAUGCCUGCCGCCACGACAGCUUCCCCCUCUUCCCUGUUGCCUCGGAGCCCGCCUCAAUGCUGCCUGGGAACUCUGAUCUUCUGCAGCCGGACUCUAAGGCAUCCGUGCCCACCAGCAGGGAGGAUGGGGUAGAGCCGUGUGACUCUCCUACCACAGCCUCCAGCCUUAAGACCGCUCGUAAGAAAAGCAAGGGCAGACGGGAGUCCCCCUCCAUGUCUAACGCCCAGAUGACUACCAGAUUCAGGCUCAAGAGCCCUGGCACAAAGUUUCCGAGGAAGAAGCCCCUGCCGUCCAUCUCAUCUGUGUCCAGCUUGUCCUACAUCUCUAACCCCUGGUUUGAGGAGCUCACUAGCUUUUUGGUUGAGCAGGCGGUCUCCCUGCUUCUCUGCAAGCACAAGUUUGAGGAAAGCCUCACUAAGCAGCUUGGCUUCAUCUCCUUUCCUAUCACUGAGUUUCUCAUGGACAUCUUUCUGGGCUUCAAGAAGGUGAAGGGCACCCACAUCCGUUUGUCCUCAGACAUCAACUGGACCUGCCUUCUGCGCAAGUUGGAAGAAGCCGAGUUGGCAAGGCAGGCCAUGAGGCAUGCCUCCAGGUCCGCGGCCUCCCGCCCUAGUACCUCCCGUGUUGGCACCUCCCGCCAUAGCUCAGAAUCGCCCUCCGUGCAGCCCAAACUGACAGGUGACGCCCCUCAGGAUCAGAGUGCAGGGUCCCGAUUCUCCCUGCGUCCUGAGUUGCCAAUCCGCCAGCUGCUCAGCCCUCGGGAUCCUGGCAUAGGCCAGGAACAGAUGCCCAGGAGCCCUUCAGAGCCCAAGCUGUCUGUGUUCAGUGCUGGUAUGGUCUCCAGAUCCUCCCAGUCCAAGGAAGUAGUAAAUACCGAAGAGGGUGAGGACAGUGAAGAGGAGGAGGACGGGGGAAGUGAAGAAGAUGAACUCAAGAAUUCCUCUGAGGAUGAGCAGCCUGAGGUUAGCCUGCCUGAGCCUGAGGUGGAGGACUUAAUCAAUGAGUCCAUCGUAAAGAGCCCCAAUGACUCCCCAUGAGACCCCUGGAAGCCACACAGAGUGCUCCCCUCUGCCUCCUCCUGCCCUAUCCCAGCAGCUGGCCGCCCAGCCGGACCCUGUCCAGUGAGGGUCAGACAAAUGGGUGCUCAGCAAGUCCUGCCGCUGUUAUCAAAGGAGCGAGAGACAGGUGGAAAUAAAUGCCACGAUGAUGACACAGUUGUCCAGUC